AUGCCUUAUACUCCAAUUAAUAUUCAACAAGAAGAAGAAACUUUUCAAAAAGAAGUUGCAGAAAUUAAAAAAUGGUGGUCAGAACCAAGAUGGUCAAAAACUAAAAGAAUUUAUACACCAGAAGAUAUUGCUAAAAAAAGAGGUACUUUAAAAAUUUCAUAUCCAUCAUCUCAACAAGCAGACAAAUUAUUUAAAUUAUUAACUGAACAUGAUAAAAAUAAAACUGCUUCAUUUACAUUUGGUGCUUUAGAUCCAAUUCAUGUUGCUCAAAUGGCUAAAUAUUUAGAUUCAAUUUAUGUUUCAGGAUGGCAAUGUUCCUCAACUGCUAGUACAUCAAACGAACCUUCACCUGAUUUGGCCGAUUAUCCAAUGGAUACCGUUCCAAAUAAGGUUGAACAUUUAUGGUUUGCUCAACUUUUUCAUGAUAGAAAACAAAGAGAAGAAAGAUUAACAUUAUCAAAAGAAGAACGUGAAAAAACUCCUUAUAUUGAUUUCCUUAGACCAAUUAUUGCUGAUGCUGAUACAGGUCAUGGUGGUAUUACUGCAAUUAUUAAAUUAACUAAAUUAUUUAUAGAACGUGGAGCAGCUGGAAUUCAUAUUGAAGACCAAGCUCCAGGAACAAAAAAAUGUGGUCAUAUGGCUGGUAAAGUUUUAGUUCCUGUUCAAGAACAUAUUAAUAGAUUAGUUGCAAUUAGAGCAUCUGCAGAUAUUUUUGGUAGUAAUUUAUUAGCUGUUGCAAGAACUGAUUCAGAAGCUGCUACUUUAAUUACUUCAACUAUUGAUCAUAGAGAUCAUUAUUUUAUUGUUGGUGCUACUAAUCCAGAAGUUGGUGAUUUAUCUGCUUUAAUGGCUGAAGCUGAAGCUAAAGGUAUUUAUGGAGAUGAGUUAGCCAAAAUUGAAAUUGACUGGACUAAAAAAGCAGGUUUAAAAUUAUUCCAUGAAGCUGUUAUCGAUGAAAUAAAGAAUGGUUCUUAUUCAAAUAAAAAUGAAUUGAUUAAAAAAUUUACAGACAAAGUUAAUCCAUUAUCAGAAACUUCCAAUAAAGAAGCAAGAAAAUUGGCAAAAGAAUUAACUGGUAAAGAUAUUUAUUUUAAUUGGGAUGUUGCAAGAGCAAGAGAAGGUUAUUAUAGAUAUCAAGGUGGUACUCAAUGUGCUGUUAUGAGAGGUAGAGCUUUCGCACCAUAUGCAGAUUUAAUUUGGAUGGAAUCUGCGUUACCAGAUUAUAAUCAAGCAAAAGAAUUUGCUGAAGGUGUUAAAUCAAAAUGGCCAAAUCAAUGGUUAGCUUAUAAUUUAUCACCAUCUUUUAAUUGGAAUAAAGCAAUGCCAGCUGAUGAACAAGAAACUUAUAUUAAAAGAUUAGGUCAAUUAGGUUAUGUAUGGCAAUUCAUUACUUUGGCUGGUUUACAUACUACUGCUUUAGCUGUUGAUGAUUUUUCAAAUAAAUAUUCUCAAAUUGGUAUGAGAGCUUAUGGUCAAAAUGUUCAACAACCAGAAAUUGAAAAAGGUGUUGAAGUUGUUAAACAUCAAAAAUGGUCAGGUGCUACUUAUAUUGAUGGAUUAUUAAAAAUGGUUUCUGGUGGGGUUACUUCAACUGCUGCUAUGGGUGCUGGUGUUACAGAAGAUCAAUUUAAAGAUAAACACUGA